CAUCAUCAUCAUUAAUAGUCUCCCUCUCUAUUCUUCUCAAACUACUCUAACCCUAUCCACCGUUUACUCCGAAUUUCCUCCCUUCAAGCGAUUUGCAUUGAGGUACGAUGCUGAGAUUACAGAUCGAAUGAAAAAUGAGAUAGAUACCCGUUGAAUGGGCCUGCAAGAAAGCUACAAAAGUCCGACCGUCUUAGCAAUCAAGCACGAUUGAUGUUUUCAGUCAAGAGACAGAGAUUCUUGACAUCCGGUUUUCUUAUCGGACUGACCAGGCGAUGGAUAUGUACCCACAGGGGACCAACCGUGAUGAGCUUUGGCGAUGGAAGUCACGGAGCUUUAGGCCUACCAAUGUCCACAAUGGGUUUAGGCUUUGAUGCUUACGAGCCGACUCCUAUUCCGUGCCUGCCACGUGAUGUCAUCAGCAUUGCUGCUGGCCACUUUCACUCUCUUGCCAUCACUCGUGAGGGCCAUGUUUAUGCGUGGGGCCGUAACCUCGAAGCUCAGCUUGGUCGCGAUCCUCUUUCUCCUAGAGAAACAUGGAGUGAACCGAAGAGGGUAGAAGGGCUAGAUAAAGUGAGACUCCGAGCUGCAUUUGCCUCUGGUGUCGUCUCUGCUGCCAUUGCAGAUGAUGGAUCUCUUUGGGUUUGGGGAAGUUCUAAUAAUGGACAACUAGGCCUGGGUAAAGGACUUUCCAAGGCUCAUAUACCCACCAGGGUUGAAACACUUGCUGGAGAACAUAUAGUUAAGGUAUCAUUUGGUUGGGGGCAUGCUCUAGCAAUGACUAGAAGUGGGAAAUUGUUUGGCUGGGGAUAUUAUGCAGAUGGUAGAAUAGGGAAGAUUGGGAAAGAGUUAGAAAUCUCCCCAUUGGAAUCUAAUUCUCCUCAGUCUAAAUCAUUGGAAAAUACUUUGUCAGUGGAGGAAGCUGCUGAAUGGUCGGUUUUUGAUGCCAUAGAGAAGGAAAAAGAUAUGCCUGUUAUAUGGGAACCUGAUUUAGUUGAGGAACUACAGGGCUUGACAGUUGAAGACAUCGCUUGUGGGCUUGACCACUCAUUAGUUCUUUGCAAUGAUGGAACACUUUUAAGUGGUGGAAGCAAUGCAUAUGGACAGUUAGGAAGGGCAAAUCAAGAUUUGGGAAUGCACACUGUUGACAUAGGCUUUCGUACCUUGAGUAUAGCUUCAGGUUUAGGGCACUCUUUGGCAGUUUGUGAAGUUCCUUUUUCCGGAGUGGCAUCAGGUGGUGGAAUUAAGGUUGUUUCAUGGGGAUGGAACCAAAAUAGUCAACUUGGGAGGCAAGGUCCAAGCCACAUCCCCCAGCAGGUUCAAGGGCUGGAUGGGGACACCCCUAAGUCCGUGUCCGCAGGUCGUGCACAUUCUCUUGCUCUCACUGAGAAGAAUGACGUUUGGGUGUGGGGUUGCGGUAAAAAUGGAAGAUUAGGGUUAUGUAGUUCAACCGAUGAAUCAGAACCAAUGUUGGUAGAUUUUUCUCAAAGUUACGAAGUUUUGGAAGCUGUGGCUGGCUUAGAUCACACACUUGUGCUUGGUGAAAUUUCUUGUUAAGUUAAUUUUACAAUGCUUUCCUUUCUUAGUUUCUGUAGUUUGAAACAACACAACAAUGUUGACUUUGGUUGAUAACUAUCAUGAAGUUUUUAUUAUGCUUUGUUUUGUUUCAGAUUUUGUCAUUUAUGGGUUUUUUCAGGCAAAAAUCACUUGAAAUUAUUUAGACA